AUGUCACUCCUCCUCAAAUCCCUCCUCAUCCUCACAAUCUCCACCACCCUCUUCUCCCUCUCCGCUGCCCGCGCCCUCGCGCCCGCCGGGUCCCACCUCUUUAACGGGCUAACGGGCAUGACCGACUCCAAAACCGGGUUAGCGGAUUGUUGGAGCGCGCUGACGGAGCUCCGAUCAUGCACUAAUGAGAUUGUGCUCUUCUUUCUCAACGGAGAGUCUUACUUGACGAUAGGAUGUUGCAAGGCUAUAAGGAUAAUUACGAGGGAUUGUUGGCCUUCGAUGCUCGAUUCGAUUGGAUUUACUUCCCAAGAGGCCGAUAUACUUAGGGGUUAUUGCGACGCUGAGACUGCGCCUGCGCCGCCGCCUUCUGCUAUGUCGCCUGCUGGAUCGGUAGCGGGUUUCGGGUAUGAUAUGGGGGAGGUCGUGGGUUAA